GACAGGUAGUGGAGCUAGAGGACGCGUCCGGGUACUCGGGAAUGAGAGAUGAUGCUUUCUGGGAAGAACAAUAGAGACGUUGGUCUGGGCUAGAGAGGCUGGAGUGUGGUGGGGCUCAGAUCGGUAGACUGAGUGGCAAGAGAGGUCCAAGGUAAGUGGUGGUAGAUAUCAGGCCGACCCGAAUACAGAGGCACCAGGACCAUGACUUAUGCUUAUCUCUUCAAGUACAUCAUCAUCGGAGACACAGGUGUGGGCAAGUCAUGUCUCCUCCUGCAGUUCACCGACAAACGGUUCCAGCCUGUCCACGACCUCACAAUAGGAGUGGAGUUUGGAGCGCGAAUGGUCAACAUUGAUGGAAAACAAAUCAAACUGCAAAUCUGGGACACGGCUGGGCAAGAAUCCUUCCGUUCUAUCACCCGUUCCUACUAUCGGGGAGCAGCUGGAGCCCUGCUAGUGUACGACAUUACCAGAUGGACUUCUGAGCUACUUUCUGAACUUUUCUAUUGCAGACGUGAGACCUUUAACCACCUGACCUCAUGGUUAGAGGAUGCCCGCCAGCAUUCCAGCUCCAACAUGGUUAUCAUGCUCAUUGGGAAUAAGAGUGACCUAGAAUCUCGCAGGGAUGUGAAGAGAGAGGAAGGAGAGGCUUUUGCUCGAGAGCAUGGACUUAUUUUCAUGGAAACUUCAGCCAAAACGGCCUGCAAUGUUGAAGAGGCCUUCAUUAAUACAGCCAAAGAAAUAUAUAGGAAGAUCCAGCAGGGUUUAUUUGAUGUCCACAAUGAGGCAAAUGGCAUCAAGAUUGGACCUCAGCAGUCAAUUGCAACAUCAGUAGGACCCAGCACUUCUCCACGGAACUCUCGUGAAGUAGGCUCCGACUCUGGCUGCUGCUGAACAUCUGGCCUGAACCCUUUUUUCUUUCUGGAAUAGCUUCAGACCAGUAGGCUUAAAGAAAAGGUCUCACUUACUUUUGCUGAGAACAACCUCUUUCCAAGGUGUGAUGUUUGCCUUUCCACUUAAAAGAUCAGGGGAGAAUUUGUAUAGAUUUGGGCUCUUCUCAUCCUUGUUCUUAAUUUCUACAUUGAUAGGAUGGAAGUGGGUUGUCACAAUAGUUUCAAAA